AUGAUUGAACUAAUUGCUCCAAAAAUUGAUACUAGCGUAAAGUUUUUCACGCUGAAGUGUUGGCUACAAUAUUCCUAUGGCUUAUCUUUUGCUUUUGGUACCUUCCUAUCAAUCAUCCUCCGCAUCGACAAUCAUGAUCCUUUCCAAUCACCUUCAAAACCAGAAAACGCAUCAUCCCUGGGAUUUGAUUUGCUCGAUUCCAAUAACAUCAUCAACUACGUGCUCGCUGACUGUAUGAUUGUAUGGUACACUGGCUUGUUCAUAGCCAUCCUGAUUAUGCGUAGGUUUAUUGAAAUAAAGGUCUCGCUGUGCAUGCAACCCUUGUGGAUGAUGAACAAGGAAGCUUAUUUGACGAUCCUAAGAUUCAUGCUCAUUUCUGGUGUUUGGUUGGCAUUUUUUGGGGGGUUCUCUGGUGAUAGUCUAAGGAGAAGGGUAAUGGAGAUUGCAGACAUCAAUAUUUCCGGUCAUUUCUGGAUUCUUUCUUCUGCAAGUAUAUCACUACUUCUAGAGCUCAAGAAAUUAAUCACAUUUACCACUGAUGUAGUGGAACCUGAAAUUAAUAAUACCAAAUCCCUAUACCUGAGGCUAAUCGUCAUUCUAAAAAGCCGUAGAGAAGUGGGAUGGUGCUACGUUGUGCAAGUUAUGGUGUUGGUGGUGAUCCUAUUAUGGUUUUUCAUCUUUUCAGUAACUGCCAUUUUUUUCCAUACAUUCCUCGAAAAGUCUCUAGGGUUGGUGGGAUCCUAUUCCCUAAUAGCCAUAGCCUACGGACUUUGA